CUCGCACCUCGUAGCUACCAGCUCCGCUCACUCCACACUCCCAUCCCCAUUUCCCCAUUGAACAUCUGUAGACCAUCAUCCUGGUUGAGAUUGGUUCAUCAUCAUCAGAUCAUUGCGAAGAUUGGGGUAGACGAUCGAUCACUCCGUACCUCGCACAGUCUGUUGUACGACAUGUCUGAGAAGACACCUCUCAUCCCACGCGCUCAUGAGAGGGCCGAAGCACCUCCGCUUCCUGCACGAUGCUCAUAUUCGUGCAAGAAGACUGCUUUGAGAUUUGUUGGCACAGCUGCUGCUGCUACGUUGCUCUUCUAUAGUAUUGCGGAUGCCAACAACCAGCUUGCAAGUGCUAAGCCUUCUGAGCUAUGCUUGACCCCAGCUUGUGUGCACGCAGCUUCAGAGAUUCUCUACAACCUCUCACCAGAGUAUAAAAAGCUCGAUCCAUGCAAUGACUUCGAGGAGCUUGUGUGCGGAGGCUGGAGGGACCGUCACGAUCUUCGUUCUGAUCAGAGCAGUGCGUUCACGGGUACCAUCAUGCAAGAGGAGUCGAGUCUUCUGCUUCGCCAUGUGCUUGAGGCUCCGUAUCCUAAAGACUCUGAGCAUUCUUACUUCUCGCCGAUGCAGCUGCGUGUCAAUAGUAAAUCCGCAGACGAAGAGAACUUCAAUAAAAUGAAAUCUGCAUAUGAUGCUUGUCUUGAUGAAGACAGAAUCAAGAGUAUUGGUCUACAGCCACUUCUUGAAGUUCUAGACGAGGUUAAGCAGGCGUAUCCAGCCGAUGGCGAAGCGCAUAUCAAGGAUGCCAUCCUUUCCCUUGCGAGAUAUGGUGUAUCUGCAAUUAUCGCGACUGGAACCAAUGCAGACGAUCGUGAUCCAGACACCGUUGUCGUGGCGGUUGCUGCUCCCGGCCGGUUUGGCCUGCCAUCCAAAGAGCGCUACGAGGAUGAAAAGCUGGUUGAGAAGUACCGUGCCGUAACCGUGGAGGUGUUGGCUGCCCUAUAUCCCGACCAGAACAAGGAGAUUUUCUCAAAAAUCAUCGAUUUCGAGAAGAAACUAGCGGCUGCUUCUCCACCUACCGAAGAGCGAGAGGAUGUGACGAAAUACUACAAUCCCAUGAGCAUCGACGAAGCAGCAGGACUGACUCCAGAAAUCGAUCUAAAAGGAUUGCUCCACGAUCUUGCCCCUGAGCAAAAGGUGGAACGUUUGAUAGCCAUGGCUCCUGGUUAUCAGAAAAAAUUGUCUUCGAUCCUUGCAGAAACCGAACACGAUGUCUUACAGAGCUACUUCGUAUGGAAGGCAGUCCAGGCAUUCUCACAGUAUGUUUCAGCAGAUGCUGUCAAGCCUUACAGUCGAUUCCUCAAUGAACUUGCCGGUAAAGACCCUGAAUCUACUCCCGAACGUUGGCGCCACUGCGUUGACGCGGUUGAUGAAGGUCUGGGUUGGAUCUUGAGCCGUUUCUAUGUGGAGAAGGCCUUUUCAGCUAAGGCUAAAGAAUUUGGUGACACCAUCAUCACCGACAUCAAGACAGAGUUUGUCAAGAAGCUCAAAGCAACUGCAUGGAUGGAUGAUGAAACCACAAAGAAGGGUAUCGACAAGGUUCACAACAUUAUCCAGAAGAUUGGUUAUCCAACGAAAAGCCCCGAUAUCAUGGACCCCCCUAGUCUGCACAAGUACUACGAAUCGGUCAAUAUCUCCUCUGACUCGUUCUUCGCCAAUGCUCUGGCAGUCCGACGAUUCGCCGUCAAUGAAGAGUGGUCUGCUCUUGGUAAACCUGUCGACCGGGAGCAGUGGGGCAUGACCGUUCCUACUGUCAAUGCCUACUACAAUCCACCAGGCAACGAGAUUGUGUUCCCCGCUGGCAUCAUGCAGUUCCCAGUAUUUGAUGUCAAUGUACCAGCAUACAUGUCAUAUGGUGCUUUCGGCUCCGUGGCAGGGCACGAAUUGAGCCACGCUUUCGAUUCUACCGGUCGUCACUACGAUCAAAUCGGCAACUACACGGAUUGGUGGUCGAACUCCACUGUGGAGGCUUUCACUAAACGGACCGAGUGCUUCAUCGACCAGUACGCCAACUAUACUGUUCCAGGACCGGAUGGCAAACCUCUUCACGUAAACGGACGUUUGACUCUUGGAGAGAAUAUUGCCGAUGCUGGUGGACUAUCAGCCGCAUUCCAGGCAUGGAAGCGACGUGCUCAUGAGAAGCCGAAUAAGCACCUCCCAGGAUUAGAUCACUUCACGCAGGAGCAGCUUUUCUUCGUAACGUACUCCAACUGGUGGUGUGGGAAGUCGAGCAAGGAGGAUGCGAUUAACAGGAUUUAUGUUGAUCCUCAUGCACCCAAAUGGGCACGCAUCCUGGGAACCAUGGCCAAUAGCCGCGAGUUCAGGGAAAGCUUCAAGUGCAAGGAGAAGAAGCCCACUUGCCAACUGUGGUAGUGGGAGGGAGUAGUUGUAGUCGCAUCUCGUAGCGUGUUGAUCGAUCCUAGCAAGAACUAUCUACUUGACACUUUGACCUUUUCAUCUGAUUGGUAUUCUCUCCAGAACUUGAACUU